UCACCUCGAAGAAGAAAAAACCAAAAAAUGCUGCUGCGCCCAACAACAACUCGUCUGCUUCAGUCCGCCGCGUCGCGCAGUUUCCCGCUCUACGCGUCUGUUUACCGUCCGCGCCCGUUCUCGUCCCGUUCCUGUCUGUUUGCGCCUGUCGAGUCGCAGCCGUCGUCUGAAAAGCCCGAGGAGCCUAAAAAGCCAGAGAGCAGACAGACGCCUCCUUCGAGACAACCGCCUUCGCUCGGUAGACUGCUGCUUAUCGUCGGCACUUUUUCUGCUUGCUUCUACGCUCUUGCCCGGUCUAUGCGAAAGGAACGCGAGGCCCGUCGUGAUUUGAAACUUCCAAACCCAGAGAUUCCUCCCGAAAUGAUUGAGAAAUUCAAACGUCCCGCGUUCACCCGCGACGAGGUCAAGGUCAUCUUUGUCCUCGGUGGUCCUGGUGUCGGCAAAGGAACGCAGUGCGCGAACCUCGUCCGCGACUUCAACUACGUCCAUCUCUCGGCCGGCGAUCUUCUCCGUGCCGAGCAAGCGCGCGAGGGCUCCCAGUACGGCGAAUUGAUCAAGACGCACAUCCGCGAGGGCAUCAUCGUCCCCCAAGAGAUCACGAUUGCGCUGCUCAAGAACGCGAUGACGGCCGAGGUCAAGCAGGGCCGCACAAAGUUCCUCAUCGACGGAUUCCCGCGCAAGAUGGACCAGGCGAUCAAGUUUGAGGAAGACGUGGCCGAGUCUGAGUUUACGCUCUACUUUGAUUGCACCGAGGACGUGAUGUUGCAACGGUUGCUCAAGCGUGGCGAGUCUAGCGGUCGCGAGGACGAUAAUAUCGAGAGCAUCAAGAAGCGGUUCAAGACUUUUGUCGAGACGUCGAUGCCGGUCGUGGAUUACUACCGCAAGCAAAACAAGCUCAUCUCCGUGCCUUGUGAGAAGAGUAAGGAGGAGGUGUACGAGAUUGUGAAGGCGCAGAUCAGCGACCGCAUGGUCAUCUAGGUUGAUCAUGACAAGACAAGGCAUAGAAGUAUAGAUUUUGGUUUAAUAUGUUUUUUUUAUGUUGUUAAUAUUCUGAUUCUAUGUUGUUUACUUUUUAUAACCCGCGAUUUAGUUGUCACUUGUCUUUAUCGAGCAGUUGUGCAAAAUGUUGUUAAUAUAUAUUAGUUGUAAGCAAUCUACGCGAGAAUUUCCCUGA